UUUCUCGAAAGUCGUUGCAUUUCUUGAUCGAAAUAGACGCGGGCUCUGCUUCAGCGCUGGAAAGACAUCGUAAUGGAUCUGCGUUGGAGAUUUUCUUCGAUAUUUCUUCGUACUUUGUUCCUGACAACGAUUGACAUUGUUCAUGGUUCAUCAACCAACAAUAUCCUGCUAAAUGACCUGAAACAUUUCGACAUGAAUCGUCAUCACAAGAUCAAUCCUUAUGGUAAACAACUGGCGCAAGACUACAUCAAGAACACAUUAACUUCUUUAGGACUUCAUACUUGGACUGAACAGUUUAAGGCACCAGGGACACCAUGGAACGGUACUAACAUCGUGGGUGUGUUGCCCGGUAGGCAGUAUAAAAAAAGAUACGACAGGCUGAUUCUGAUUGGCGCACACUAUGACACUGUGCGCACUACAAAAGGCGUUGACGACAACGGCUCAGGCGUUGUUGCUAUGCUGCAAGUAGCAAGAAUACUGUCUAAAGAUUCAAGUGAGUUCAAUAUUUCUCAAGGUAGAUGCACUCGUGAAUAUUCUGUCAUGUUUGUCGCCUUUGACUUUGAAGAGUGGGAGAACAGCUCAUUACCAGGCUGGGCAUGCGAGGGGUGAUUUCUUACUUAUUACAGGACGACAGCGAGACGAUAAAGAACUGCUUGAUACUUUUGAAUCCUGUUACAAUAGAAUAGGCAUUUCUUUAGCAAUUACGGGCAGAGAACGGAGUGACAAGUACAAGCUUCAAGUUUUUCCACUUCCUUUUCAUGGACUGACAAUCGAUAUUCCUGAACACGUCCUUCCUUAUUUGUCCCCGUUCCUCAGGAGCGAUCACGUCAGUUUCUG